GUGGUGCUAGCCCUCCUCUUCCUCUGACGUGUCUGAACACACACCGCAGCUCUUCAUCCAGCCGAGCUGAAGCUGCAGUUCUCUCCCCGGCUCUGAGCGGAUCAACGAUGUUCUCCUGCAGAGCGGCCUGGCAGAGGUGCGGACCCUUAGCCCGCCGAGCAGCUUACAGGCUGCCGCGGGAUGUUGUGCAGCGACGGCCUAUGUCGUCACUCCCUGGCGGCUCCGGGGAGAACAUACUAUACGCCGCACUGUGCGGUGGAGCCUUUGUCGCUUCUGUGUCAUAUACAUACAUGACCAUGACCGGCGACAAGGAUAGGUACAAUAGUAAUGUUGCAGAAAUCAAAGCCAGGCCCAAGACAGAGUGGGAACCUAAACCAUGGCCACCAAAGAGUGCGGAUGAUGAAGAGGGUGGAGAGGAGGAGGAGGAGGAGGAGGAAGAGGAGGCAGCAGAAGAGGGAGUAGAAGAGGCAGCAGAGGAAGAUGCAGUGGCUGUGGCUGCAGAAGGAGAGGCCGAGGUCGGGGAAACGGAGGACGCUCCAGCUGCUGAGAGUGAGGCUGAAACCAUUGUGGAGGAAGUCGCAGAGGUAGUCGCUGAAGCUGCUGAAGUGGUCGCUGAGGUGGCGGAGGGUGUUGCUGAGGCUGCGAAGGAAGUGGAGAGUGUCGCCGAAGAAAUAGCCCAAGUAGCUGAAAGUAUUGAGGAGGCCGCCCAAGCUGUUGCAGAACCCGCAAUCGCUGCCGAGGAGCCAGAAAGAAAUGUGCUGCCGGUAGCUGCCUCAAUUGAAGAGUUACUGACGACGACAGAAGUAAAGGACGAGUUGGUACCCGCAGAAGAAGUUCCUGCACAAGUGGAAGUUGAAUCUGUGCUUGAAGAGGCCCCUGCACCAGUAGAAGGUGCACCCGCAGAAGAAGCGUCUGCCCCAGUUGUUGAGGAGGCCCAAGCACCAGUUGAGGUCAUAACUCUAGAAGAGGCACCAGUUAUUGUGGAGGCCCCUGCACCUGUGGAGGUUGAACCAGUUGAAGAGAUCUUGGCACCACUUGUGGAGGCUCCUGCACUAGUUGUAGAAGAGGCUGGACCAGUAGAGGUGGUGCAAGAGGCACCGGCUCAAGUAGAACCUGAAAUUUCCUCAGCUCUAGCUGAAGAACCAUUCACUGCUACAGCUGUAGAAGGGGUUGCAGUAGCCGUCACUGCAGAAGUAGCCAGUGCUGUGGUGGAGGAAGCAGCGGCAGCCCCUGUUGAGUCCCUGGCAGAAGAGCCUCAGAGAGAGUACAUUGUUGUUGUUCUGGAAGGAACACCAAAUGCAGAGAAGAGGCCUAGGGUGCUCGGAGUGGGGCCAAUGAGUGGUAGAAUCAUCCCAGCGCCAGAUGAUGACGACCUCCCUGCUACUGAGGGUAGGCGACGUCUUCUUAGGAUGCAAAUGCAGUAGUUCCAAUUAAGUAAACGGCUCCUGAAAGAUUGAACGACUGUCUCGUACAGAAGAUGAGGAUGUGCCUUUCUCCAACAUGUUCCUGUCCUUUUACCCUGAAACCCAAGUACCUGUGCAGUUUUACUGCAAAGACACAGAAUAGAAUGUGUUUAGAUCAAUACUUUCUUUAUGGAACUGUCAUCCAACUAUAUUAGAAGCGGUCCACAUAGCCCAUUACUGUGACACUCCACACUGACCUUUAUGUCUUGACUCUAUAGUGUCACGAUGAGCCCAGUCAGUGGUAUAAUAGAUCUCUGAUCCAUCAUUCAGUAACCCUUCUUAUUACUUUCUGUUUACAGAUGUGGACGUAACUGAGCCAUUCAGUCUCCCUUUAUUCUCACUGUUACAGUUUACUCCCUCAAAAAUCACUACAGUGGAAAAUCCUAAUACCCACCACUGCACUCUGUUCACCCAAUCACUGGCCCGCCACUGCAGUGUUACCUCUUCAAGUGAGUCACCAGCAAUCUGUACAUGACCCAACCUCAGGUCUUCCCUCUGCUUCUAUCAAUGUGAAAAUGAACAGAUGGAAACACUCGUUUUAUCUUUCAUGAUGAAAUGCAAAAAUGUGCAGAGUAGUUGUGUUGUUACCUCAUUUUUCCUCAGUCUUUGAAAUGACACUUCAGACCUCCGUUUUUCACUGCAUAAAGUGAGUUUGUUCCUUCUUACUUGUAGAUAAUCUGAUGGCUAUACAGUGAAUGUCCAAAUUUACAUGAAGAUUUAGCUCAGCAGCAUUCGUCAGUAAGGAAAAGGCAGGAGAGAGUAUAAUUAUCAAGCUGAUGUGUAAGUUAUUGCUUCUGUCCUUGCUGAGUGUUGUUGUUUUGCUGUGGCAGUCCGACUGUUUGGAUGUCAUUUCAAGGCCUGCAGCAAGAGUGAACAGUUAUGACCGAUGUGCUAGUGUGACAUGAAACGUGUGUUUGGGAAGUGUUGCAGUAUGUCUGAAGAAAAGUCUCCGGUGUGAAAUGCUUUGAAAGCUCUGUCCUAGUUUUCUUGUCUUUGAUUUCCUAUUUCACGUGCUCUCAGCUCUUAUAUUGAAUUUCUUGUUUUCUUAGCUUUGCAUCUACAAUGUUAAACUGAUGUGAGAGGAUUGAACAUGAUUGUUUGUGUAAAUUAAAAAAAAUGGAAAUGAGUUUCAGAAAGUUCCUCUUUUCUGUCAUUAAUGUUCACAGGCAGGUUUCUGUAGUGAGCUGUGAGUAGAAGCCUUAGACUAAACCUAGGGCAACAACUGUGUCUGUGAGACAUUACUGUUUUUCUUGUUUCAGUAAAUAAAAAGGGAUUCAAUA